CCACAGGGACAGCUGUUAAGUACUUACAUGUCACUGUCAAAAACAAAAGGAAAAGGUCGAUACUAUGUAUAAUUCGUGCACAUUCUAUUCCUAUCGCUUUUCUAGAACUCAUUUUUAGACUCAGUGGAAGGAUUGAUUACUUGCAAGGCGAACUGGACAGAAAGUAAGAAGAAGAUGCUCCUUCCUAUCGCUGCAGCAAUAUCCACUUAGUACCAUAGCGAGUGAGAAGCCCGCGAUGAAUGGCUUUUGGGUCGGUGAGGGGACCCGUGAGUCCCUCAGAACGAAAGGCUUUAAGAGUAACGAAGUAAAGCGAUCGCGGUCAAGCAAUCCAACGUACUUCUAAUAUUUUUCAUUUCUAAGCCUUAGUCGUGAGUCAUGAUGUUAUCAUGUUCAUAAUGAUGUAUGAUGUGAUGAACCACGUGAAGAUGAUCUUUCUGUCUCGAUGGUGAUAAUUGUGUGUUUAAAAUACAGGUUUUGGAAAAAUGGGCCACGAGGCUGCACUGACAGGCCGCUCGUCAGUUACAGCUUGAAACCGUUAAAUCGCCCAUUGGUGGACCAUCCAAGUACUCUAACACUGUCUGAUUUUGGAUGUGAUGGUUUGUAGAUAACCAUAGCAAUAGAAAUUGGAUUUCAUACUGUUGUUUUAAAAAAUCACUCCCAGCAAGUCUUUAAUCAAUCUAUUCUAUCCAUCUUAAUCUUUCUAUGUAUACUAUGUGUAUCCUGCAACUGCAAGAACAUCAGGUCGACCGAACGCACCGCUAUGCCACAACAAGAGCUCCGAUUUUCGUACCCAUGCUUCACUAUCAACGUAUCCUUAUCGAUGGCGAAAUGGAGAUGAGAGCUACAUGUGGGUGCCGCGGCAAAACCGCUCUUAUACCGCUUUCGAACAUCCUGCAGAGGGAGUUGCUGGAUGGGAUAACUCGUACUUCGCUUACAAUUUUUAGUACUAGAGGCGUUUCUCUCAAAUUUGUUGAGAUGGAUGUGAAGGAAUCAGUCAGAUUCUUAUGUCAUCGUUUGAAAUUGUUGAGUAAGCCCUAACAGAAUUCCGCAACAAUCCCUCUAUUGCAGGUACACUCACCAGAGCACGCAUUUUUGCACCUCGAAUUUUCAAUAUGGAAGCUUCUGGUUUGAUCGAAAACUUCAGCCAUUUCCGCGAGUUUUCAAUCAGACGCAACCAGGAGCAGGGUGGUAUCCUGUGACGCAUGGACAUCGACCAUGAGACCAUACAGUCAUGAUAACGUUAGCUGGAGGCUCUAUAAUGUCAUACUUCUUCUAGUUAUUACAAAGAAAUCGGUCCAUAACAUUCACACCCGCCCCAUUCCUACUGCAACAUAUCAAACAUUGAUCCCCAUCGUGAUCUUCGUUUAGGAGAUUCUUCUAAUGAGCAAAGUCAAAUGUUAGUUGUUUUGGUUGUGCAACAUGCAUAGAUGCUGUAAUAUUAGCAUCACACGAUUACAGUACUUCAUUACUUUGCGCACAAUCUACUUCAAUAGUUCAACUUAGGAUACUGCAAGUCCUCAUGAACAUACAAUCUAUCAUACUCCUAUAUCCGAUGAGCUGCUUGUGGACUAUUCUCAAACGUACUUACGAAUCACGCAAUAUUACAACCAAGAGUGAUUGAAUUUAUCCUAUUCCAAAUCCGUUAUCGUUUUAAAAGAAUGCAUGACAAAUUGAUAUCUGAUUGUACGACAAAAAAUAUGUUGAUGAGUUGAAAAUCUGAAUCGUGAGAACUAACAAGUAAAAAAUGUUGAUUGAGUUGUAUCUAUGUCCACAAUGUUGAAGGCAGACGAAAAUA